AUGCUCCCUUCCCCAAUGUGGUCCCGCCUCUCCCAGGGCGGCGCCACGAGGGGCAGCGUGUCCCUGGCAGCCGUGAUGCAGGGAGCACGUGCUGUCACUGGCAGCCGUGAUGCAGGGAGCACGUGUUGUCCUCCUCCCUUCCCCCUCACUCGCGCAGCAGUGCUGGUGCUUGCAGCAUGCACUGUCCCCCCUUCACCCACUCGUCCCGCCUCUCUCCCCCUUCCCCUCACCAUUCCCCCAGGGCGGCGCCACGAGGGGCAGAGUGUCAAGGGAGGAUCUGGCAGCCGUGGUGGCGGCAGCGCUGGCAGUGCCACCGCCUUCCCAGCACAGACGCAUCAUUGGGGUGGGCGGGUGUGUGUUGAUGUUCAGGGGAGGGUGUUCAGUCUCACCCCUCUUCCCAUUGUGAUCCCUCAUUGUGAUCUCUCUCCCGCACUCAUCAUCUCUCCCUCCGCCCGUCUCUCUCCCUCCCUCCACCCUUGUUUUCUCCUCUGCUCGUCUCGCUCUGAUGGAUACACCUUCUCUCAGCAAAUAGCUCAGCUCCCCACAGAGCCAAUUGAAGCCUGA